UGAUUGUUACUUAUCUAUAAAAAUCUGAAAAACUCAAUUACUUAAUCUUUACUACAAAACUAAUGUUUUAUUAAAAAAAUUAAUUAAUAAGUAGUGUUGUGUAGUUGUUUUAUUCAUUAUGCCACAGGGGAAAUUCAAAAAUAAAUCACAAGUUUCUUUUUCAACAAAGAAAAAGAAGAACGAACCACAUAAAAGUAGAAAAGCAUGUCCAAUGCCUUCAAAAAAACACAAAUAUGAAGAAGGUCAGCGGAUUAAACGUAUGAUAAGUAAAAAUGUAAAUAAAAUGGCAGAAGACGAUUUAAGAUCAUUAGCUAUGGAUAACAAGAAAGUUUUUCUUUCAAAAAAGAAGAAACAAGUUGCACAAACAGUUAAAACACCAGACCCUAAACCAAAACAAAUCAAAAUUACUCAAAAAUGAAUUUCACAUUAUGGAUAAUAUAAAUUUUUUUAAAACACAUAAUUUAAAUUUUUUUUUUUUUUUGAACAAUUGAAUAAUAAAGUACCUACAUAAAAAAUAA